UAAAAUCUUGGCCGCGAGCCAGGUGCGACUGAACUUUCGCGUUCUCUAACUUUUUGACGAGAGAAAGAACGAGCGCCUUUUUCACGACAUGGCGCGACCAGCAGGACAGCUGCUGCUACUGAUGCUCGGCACGGCGGCCUUGUGGACAGGGGCCACGGGGACUGGUUCGGGAUCGGCGUCUGGUUCGACUCCACCGGGAUCGCCUGCGGAGUUGGUGAUCGUCCCAGCGAACACCACUGCGACCGAGGGAAACACGCUCAUCCUCGUCUGCGUCGCCUACGGAGACCCCACUCCGGACAUAUCGUGGCUCAAAGACGGCACGGUUCUAGCCAACGACAGCAGCCGGAUAACCGUUCUCACUGAGGUGGUGAUGGAGCAAGGGAUCCCGUUCGUGCAGUCGACGCUGCGAGAUAUGCGGUCUAGACGUCGCGGAAGACUCGGGCCUCUACUACUGCACAGCCGACAACGAGUUUGGGACCGCCACGAGCGUCUUUGAGAUCUCCGUACAGCCUGCUGAGAGGGUUGAGAUUGUUGUUCAGCCUGACAAUGGAACCUUCACGGAGGGAAACACCGGCAUCUUCACCUGUGUGGCAUCGGGCGAGCCGAGCACCCCCAGCAUCGCCUGGUGGAUGAACGAGAUGGAGCUGUACAACUCAUCCGCGGAAGGGAGAGUGAAGAUCUAUCAGGAGACCGUGGAGGUCAAGGGAGCCACGUUUGUAGUCUCAUAUCUCGAGAUUUGUGGAAUCACCAUGGACGACGCGGGGGUGUAUUCUUGCUCUGCCUAUCUUCCGUCUGCCAACGUCACCAGUGGAGAAUUUAGAGUCAGCGUCACUUCUGCCUUACCUGAAAUUGUCAUCGCUCCUGCCAACACGGAGGUUGCCGCCGGGAACACUGCCAUCUUCACCUGCGUCGGUCUCUCCGAACCUCCUCCCAACAUCACCUGGACAUUCGAGGGAGAGGCUAUCGCCAACGAUUCCAGGACCUCCGUCUACAGCCUGGAGUUGGAGGAGAAUGGGGUCGUGUUCACCGUGUCCUUGUUGGAGCUGUGUGGAGUGGAUCUGGAGGAGAGUGGGACCUACUCCUGUGUGGCUACUGGGGGGAUGGCUAAUACCACCGCCUACUUCCAGCUGAAUGUGCUCGAACAGAAUGCCCCAGAUAUUGUCAUUGCUCCUCAGAACACGACGCUUGACGUCAACAACACGGCCCUCUUCACGUGCGUAGCCCUUGCUGGCUCCGCCCCCUCUGAGACGACCAUCUCCUGGAUGAAGGGAGGCACGAAUCUCUACAACGACUCCAGGGUCACCGUGUAUACCACAGCCAUUAACGAGGGGGGCGCGGUCUUCAUUCACUCCAUCCUGGAGAUUUGCGGCGUGACGCUGGAGGACAGUGACUACUAUACUUGUGUGGCAGGGAAUGCCUUUGGAAUUGACUAUAGCAACUUCACAGUUGAAGUAGUGGAUACUGGUCCUCCUGACAUAGUGAUAGCUCCCAGCAACACUGACGUGCUGCUAGGUAACACCGUCCUGCUGACCUGCGUCGUCGCAUUCCUCAACACUCCGCCCGAGUUGUCAUGGCACCGAAACGACACCGGCGAGCUCUACAACACAUCCGACGUCUCCAUCUACACCUCAACGAUCGAAGAGGGCGGGGUCAUGUUCCUGCGGUCAAUCCUGGAGUUGUGUGGAGUGGAACUGUCAGACGAGGGACUGUAUUUCUGUCAGGCCGCCUUUGAUAUGAACCCCGACAGAACGAGUCGCGCUUAUUUCUACGUCGACGUCUUUGAAGAGAACGUAGAGAUAAUCGUGGCACCAGCUGACUCUGCCGCCAGAGCCAACUCAACCAUCCUCUUCACCUGCGUGGCCUACGGCGUCCCUCUCCCCUCCUACAUCACUUGGACCUUCAACGGCACCGCCCUCUCCAACUCCAGCUCGGCCGACUACAGCCUCUCCAUAUAUCACUCACAGUUCCAAGUGGGCGGGGCAGUGUUCCUGCAGUCGAUACUGGAAAUAUGUGGCCUGGUGGAGGAACAGUCUGGCUACUAUUCCUGUAGCGCUGAGAGCAGUGCUGGCAAUGAUACCGAGACAUUUAGACUCAUUGUACAACCUCUAGUCCCACCUGAGAUCGUGAUAGCUCCGCCCACUCUGGUCCAGGGUCGUCGAGGGCAACACCGUCCUCCUCACCUGCGUUGCCCUCGGUUACCCUCGCCCCAACAUCACCUGGACUAAUUACUACUCCGGAGCCUCGUACGGGAACGGGACACUCACCAACAGACACCGGGUGACGGAGACUGUGGCGUCGCAGAACGGAGUGGAGUUUGUGACGAGUGUGUUUGAGAUAUGCGGCGUGGAGUUUGAGAGAUGCCGGGCAGUACAGGUGUGUGGCAGAGAGCAGCUCCGGAGCCACCUCCAUCCGGUUCAAUAUCACCGUUGAGGAACCUCUAGUCCGGCCCAGCCAUUGCCAUAGCUCCCAACGACACGGAGGCCGACAUCAAUUCCACAGUCAUCUUUCGUCUGCGUCGCCUACGGCAACCCCCUGCCCCAACAUCUCCUGGGUUUUCGGGGGUGACUAUGAGACGCUGGCCAACGACUCCAUCGUCUCCAUCUUCACGGAUGAAUUCACCGAAAGUGAUGUCACUUUCGUCCGUUCGUAUCUCCAGUUGUGCGGAGUGACUGUGGAGAACCAGGGGCUUUACUCCUGUGUCGCCGAGAAUUCAAUCAACAUCACUCAGUCCUACUUUUACCUCAACAUUCUCGAACCUCCCACAGUGGCUAUCCAACCCGACGACACCGUUGCAAACUACGGCGACACUGUCCUCCUCACCUGCGUCGUGUACAGCGUAGACCCGCGUCCCUACGUCCCUCCCAACGUCCUCUGGUACAGGGACGAAGAACUCAUCGCCAACUCCACCGACGCCGGGAGCGACGGUGGCGAUUACGACGCAGUGAGUGUGGGUAUAUAUGAGGACACUUCGAAGUGAUGGGCGUCCAGUUCACGCGCUCCAUUCUGGAGCUGUGCGGAGUCACGUUGGCCGAGACAGGAGAGUACAGCUGCGUCGCCAACGACUCUAUAGGGAUGAGUCCGCCCGCCACUUUCAAUGUCUCCGUCUUCACUAGCGUUACCAUUGUAAUAGCCCCUUCGGACGAAGUAGUGUCUGCAGGUGUUACGUCUCUCUUCACGUGCGUUGCCACGGGAAUCCCUGACCCCGCCUUCUCCUGGUUACUAGAGAACACUGCAAUCGCCGAGGGCGACCGACACAACAUCACCACGGUGACAGAGGUCAUAGAGGGCGUGACCUUUGUGACUUCCGUUCUCCAAAUAUGUGAAAUUAAUUUCAGCGACGAAGGAACGUACCGGUGUGUUGCAGAUGUGCCAGGACUUAGCGAUUCUGCCAGUUUUGAAAUUUCCAUACAAGAUGUAGGUGCGACAAUUGAGGUUCCACCAAUGAACGUCACUGUAGUAAGAGGGACCGAAGUAACGCUCGUGUGUGGGGCCAUGGGGGCACCUCUUCCACUGUGACGUGGACACAAAAUAUGGGAGUAAUGGCAGCGGGGAAUGUUACCAACACUGUGUUCGACAUCAUUUCUGUCAAUUCGACGCUUGAGCUUGGCCCCGUGGAGGAGACGGCCACGUACAUCUGCGCCGUCGAUAAUGGUCUAGUUGGUGGCGACACUGCAGCUGCCGUUGUCACCGUUCAGAUCCCACUGGCAAUAGAGACCGACCCAAUGAACGCCACCGUAAUGGUGGGAGAUACUGCUCUUUUCAGCUGCUCGUUCACCGGUGAUCCACUCCCCACCAUCGAAUGGUUCGAGCGAGCCAACCCCUCCUCCCCCCUCUCCGACAUGAAGUAUACAGUCACGCUGUCAGGGAACGGACUGGCGUCUGAAUUAAAUUUCACAACAGAGGUCUCAGACCACAACACGGCGUAUUCCUGCAGGGCCAUGCAGACUCUGGUGACUGGGGAGGUUAUGGAGGAAACCAGCUCAGCUUUUCUCACCAUCUUAUCUCCACCUCAGCUUGAACCUCGCCAGCUGAUGCUUCCGGCCGUCCGAAACGGGACACAGGACCUCUCGUUCAACAUCCUCAAUGCUCUUCCUCCGGUAACCGAGGACGACAUCAUCUGGUCUUUCAGACCGACCGGAGCCGCAGAGUCUUCUGUUAUCGACGAGACCACAAGUGAUCGCUAUCGUUCACGUUCGUGGAAGACGCAGACCCUCCGUACGUGAGGUUGAGGAUCCACCCAGUGGAGCUGGAAGAUGAGGGGAACUAUACUCUCUCUGUUGAGAACAUGGUUGGAAAUGACUCCUUCACUGUGUCUGUGGAGGUUUUCAUUGGAGCCUUCAUUGUGGACCCUCCCAACGACACCACGGUACACGUCGGACUCAACGCCACGUUCCGCUGCGUCGCAACCUCAGACCCACCACACAACACUGUGUGGCUAUUCAACAGCCAAGACCUUAUGAACGGAGACAAGUAUAUGAUUGUUAACGAGAGCGAGGCCGUCAGUGUUCUGACUGUGUUGAACGUGACGGGAGAGGACGAUGGAGACUACACGUGUGACGUCAUGAACGAAUACGGCAAUGAUACCGCUGAUGCAGUCCUGGCUGUCAUAUCAACGCCGCUUGUGGAAGCAAUCACAAUGUCGCCAGUCGUAGCUCUACCAGGGACAACUGUCACCCUGUCUUUCAGUGUCACCAACUCUCUGCCUGCCGUUGCGUCGUCAGUAGUGACUGGCGGCAAGUCAAUGAGGAAGGAGCGCAAACUAUUGCCUCAGAAGACACCCGGUUCACCUUCUCUGGUGACUUCACUAGUCUGACCAUUAGCGACAUCCACCCGUUUGAUGAGGCUACCUAUGUUCUAACAGUCACCAACGGUGUUGGUCUUACGGGCUCUGCUAGUAUCGACUUAGACGUUCAGUUUGCAGCUGCCAUUGUGACUCCACCUGUAAAUGCCGCCGCAGUUGUCGGCGAAGACGCGAACUUCACGUGUGUAGCAGGGGGUGAGCCGACCCCUACCAUCACCUGGGUGUUCAACGACCAAGAACUGACCAACGGCAGCAAGUACACCAUCACCGAAAGCUUCGACACCACUGAAAUGAUAGCAGAUGUCCCCGUUGCGACUAUACAGUCGGUGCUGGUUGUAGUGGGGGUGGAGGAGGGAAGUGGGGGCACGUACACCUGUCGGGCCGAGAAUACUCAUGACACCGUCACGGCGGACGCUGAUCUUCAGCCACUGAGAGCGCCUGAAGUGACCCUCAUGAGUACACCAGAUCCUGCCCUCUUUGGCAACGGGCUGACACUAACGGCAACAAUAACGAUGGACUUACCCCCAGUGGUACCGGACGGUAUCCGUUGGUACUUCUUGGUCGAUGUUGGUAGCGGUGGUGGUGGAGAUAACCAAACAGGCGAAGAUAAGGGCGUGGAGAUUGUUGAAGGUGAAGGAAUAACGUUCUCGGAAGAUCGACGGACUCUGACGAUUUCUUCGCUGAGCUACGGCAAUGAAGGAUUGUAUACUGUGGGAGUCAUGAAUGUUUUUGGUGACUUUAGGGUGUUGCUACCGACAGCGCCUUUGUGGAUGUGCAAGCUGCACCAUGGGUCGCCAUCUCCCUCUUACCUCCGCGACCAGUCGAGGGAACCAUGGUAACAGUGAGGUGUGAAGUAAGAGCCGAGCCGGAAGCAGACGUGUACUUUACUGGACCCGUCCUGGACACCGCCAACCUGCGAUACUCCACCAGUGACAGGAGCUAUAGUGGUGACCUGUACUAUAGUACAGAGCACAAUCUGACUAUUACUGACCUUAUGACCUCUGAUGCUGGAAAUUACACUUGUCGAGCUAACAACACGCACGGCUCUGUGACCUCUGAACCCAUCUUCCUCAAUGUACUAGUGUUGCCAGAAGUGAUGGCGGACAGAGAUCUUUAUCAGUACAUCGCUGGACAGCCAAGCGUCUCCAUCUCGUUCUCGACGUCGGAGCGCGAAAACCCACGUCUGAGCGGAGACGACGUCACCGUGUGGUUCCGGAACACGGACGGAAUGGUCUCGGAGGUCGUGGAAUCCGACUACCGCACCGUGACGCUGGAUCCACCAGAAGGGGGCGUGGUCAAUCGGAUCACCGUCAGUUUUACACCCGUGCGUAUCCAAGACAACGGGACGUACUGGGUAACUGCCACCAAUGAAGCUGGCACCACUAAUUCAACCCCUGCUAGGGUCGAGGUGUUCGUCAACCCAACUAUAAUGGCGGAAGGCGAGUUGAUGCAAGUGCUUGACGAACUAGAGUCCGUCACGUUCAGCUGCAUUGCUACUGGCAACCCCUCUCCUUCUUUCACUUGGACCAGAAACGAACAGUUCCUACCGACCGCCACCUCGGCAAGAUUUGGAGAACGCAGCGAGACGAACGGCACGAGGGCUGAAGAUGGGAGUUUCACAACGACCGGUUAUCUCGCUAUUGUCAAUUUGACUGUCGGUGACUCGUCCUCCUACGCCUGCUCGGCAUCGAUCGGAGUGGCUCUGCCAGCUGCAGUGAACGCCAUCAUACCCGAUCCCUUCACCCUCACCGUCAAUGAGAUACUGUUUGAUGACUGUGCUUCGAGUCCGUGUGUCAACGGAGAUUGUGAAGACAUUGGCGACGGCUUCGUCUGUCGGUGUCCGGACGGUUUCAACGGCAUUCUGUGUGCAAAUCCCGUGGUGGUACUGACGCCUCCCGAGAUUAUCGAGCCGCCCGAGACUACAUUUGUCAACAUUCAGACCGGAGUGACGCUCACCUGCAUCGCCGUGGGCAACCCGCAGCCCGACGUACAGUGGUGGCGAAACAACCAGAUGCUCACAGGGGAAGUUUUGGGGAAGCUGAUCAUCGCAGAGACGUCACUAGACGACCGAGGCGUCUAUUUUUGCAUAGCGUCAAACACUGAGGGCGAGGUUCAGUCUCGAAAUGCCGUCAUCAACUUGAGGAACAUUGCCCAAUUCGUCCUGCGAAUCAGACUGGGCGAUGUCUCCACCGGUCGCCGCAAGCGAUUCACCGAGCAAGACGUCUUCAAUCUGGUCGACAUGCUGAAUGAUCAGUUGACUGGAACUAUGAUAGGAAACGCCACAGUCUACUCAGUGGCCAUUCAAGAUGGCUUUGACAUCAAUGACAACCCCAGUGGAGACAUACCACUCGUGUUCACGUUCUUUGCGGAGAACGUCGAAGACGACACCACGGUAACGAUCCCUGACCCCACGGACCCAGUGGAGCCGACAGUGGUCCCGGUCGUCAUCCCGGACGUGGUGGCGAUGUUCAACGUGGCGGAAAUAGAGAGGAUCAUUGAGGAAGACGUGAUGUUGGCCGCAGAGGACCUCGGACUCAACGUGACUGUGGAGGACUUUGUUAGAUUUGAUGGUUGUGGGAGCGAGGAGACGUCGCUGUUUGACAACCUCUUCUCCUGGGAUGAGACGGCCAUUGGGGGUAUCAGGACCCUCGCCUGUCGCUGCGACGCUGUCGACCUGCGGCAGACGGCCGACAGGGAGUGUGGAGGAAACUUCACGACUGGAGCCGUGUGGUUCAGCCCCUCGGACCAGGACUGUGACUUUGCUUCUAUCACGAGACAACUGUGCAUGUCGCCUGAGUUGGAAGCCAUUGAUAACCUGCAACUGAACAACCUGGAUUAUCUCGGUGUUGUUGUGGUAACGGAGCUACUUGAAGACCUUGUCAACAUCAGCUCUGGCAACGAAUCGGAGAGUGACGUCAUAUUUGGUGUGAUUGAAGAUGUUCUGAGUGUGAGUGCCGAUCAGCUAGUGCGCGGACAACUGGACUUCAACACGUCUGGACGCCUCCUGUACUCGCUGGAGAUCCUGGCAGAUGCCUACCCAAACCCAGCCUCAAUCGUACAGCAGAUAACACAUGACCCCUUCCGUUUCCUCCGUCUUCCUCGAGCCGAACUGACCACCAACAUUAUCACUGUCACGGUUACCUCCGACAACCGGCUGCAACAAGGACCCGACGGAACAGCCCGCGCCCGUGUCGACCUGCUCAACAUGGCCGGCAUCGACGGACUGGUGGUGGGGGUAUACAACUCUCCGAGUCUCUUUGUCAGUAGGUCGCAGUAUAUCGAGGACAAAAACAGAACCAACGUUGUUCUAGGGAGUAGUGUUGGCGUCAUCACUGUCCAUUUCACCGGACAGCUGGCGAGGACUCGACUCGACGAACCGGUCGAGAUCCGGUUCUGGAAGACCGCCGAGGCAUCCGAGAACGGAACGGCGACCGAGUGUGCGUUCUGGGACCAGAGCCUGGACGAGGGUUUCGGGGCGUGGUCCAGUGAGGGCUGUCGGCUGGAGACAGAGACAGAGACGAGAAAUUUUGCCGAGUGCACCUGCACACACCUCACUCAGUUCACUCUCCUCGUGGAUUUGACACCCGGGCCCCCAACGACAGUGGCACCGACAGUAGAGAGAGAAGAGGAGGAAGACGAUAGUAUUGAGGAUGUGUCCUAUGUGGGCGGUCUGGUCUGCAUCGUGUUCCUGAUCAUCGUCAUUGUCACCUACCUCCUUAGCAGUGUUCUGCGAAAGUCGUCAAUGGGGGCGUCCCUCAUCAACUCCUCAGUCUGUCUCUCUGCUCUCUUCAUCUCUUACCUCGUCUCCUACUACGUCACCGAGGACGACUGGGCGUGCACCAUCUUCUCCGCCAUCUUCCACUACUCCUUCCUCGUGACCUCCAUCUCCCUCCUCAUACUGGCUCUGCUCAAGACACUGCAGCCUGAGAAACUGGGAAAAAUCUUCCUCGUUCUCCUCCUUGUUCAAUUCAUUGUCCCCGCGGUUGUUGUGAUCAUAUCGUCUGCUCCUGAUGGAGACAACUACAUCGAUGAAGAAUUCUGUCGACCACAGAACGAACCAUACUGGUACGGCCUUCUCUUGGUGGGCGGUCUCAUCCACAUGCUGGCUUGGCUCUUCCUAUUUGCCGGGCUCUGCGUGGUUCACAUCAGACGCGAAAAGAUCAGCACUCAAUGGUUUGAGGAAUGGCUCGGGAUUGCCCUAACCCUCGCCGUCUUUGAGCUGGCCUGGGGUUUCGGUCUCCCCUCCACAAACACCCUCGGUCUCGGAGCCUCGCGACUCGUCUUCCAGAUCGUCUUUGUGGUCGGUUGCAUCGCACUCGGAAUCGUCGAAUUGGUUUUCUUUGUUGUUCUCCUGCGCGAGCCGCGCGAGGUCUGGACGGGGCUGGUGAAUCGCUGUAUCCCCGGACGUUCCGGUGGGUUCGACACCUCUACCUAUGGCAUCAGCGUCGAGGAGAACCCGUACGUUGCCCGAGGGGAAGGAGGGAGCAUGGAAAUGAGCGGAGUUCCCCCGGCGAAGGCUGGCCUGAGAAACGAUGACGAAGUCAGUGCCGCAAAGAGGAGCCCUGAAGCCAGCGCCAUGACGGAGAAACUAAACGGGGAGGACCCUGAGGCAAUUGUCAAUCCCGCGGCGACAGAGCAGGACGAUGAGGACGGCAGUCCGGAGAUGGAGAUAGAGGUAACCGAAGUGAAGAUGGAUCUCGGAAUGUACGACGACGACGCUGACGCGGCCAAGGAUACAAGGCUGUGAUGACGAGCUUCUCCGGAAACUUCUAGAACACUGGACUCGAUUUUCUCGCUGUAUGCAUGCAUUUGCUGCUAUAGUUCUUGUGUAUAGAUGUUGAGGCUUUAGGCUAGGCAGUAGAGUAGACUUGAUGUGGUUAAAACCCAAAUUUUGUAAGCCUUUUCAUGCAUCUCAUUGUUUCGUAGCUCAUAAAGUCGUGA